GUCCCUGUGGUCCCAGCAGCCGUGAGCCUGGCCAGCACGGCCAGCUCAGCCAGCAUGCAGCAGCAGCCCCCACCCGGGCCCUUGGCCCCUGCGGCCGAGCCAACCAAGCCUCCCUACAGCUACAUAGCCCUGAUCGCCAUGGCUAUCCAGAGCUCCCCAGGGCAGCGAGCUACGCUCAGCGGCAUUUACCGCUACAUCAUGGGCCGCUUCGCCUUCUACCGCCACAACCGGCCUGGCUGGCAGAACAGCAUUCGCCACAACCUGUCACUCAAUGAGUGCUUCGUCAAGGUGCCCCGCGAUGACCGCAAGCCAGGCAAGGGCAGCUACUGGACACUGGACCCCGACUGCCAUGACAUGUUUGAGCACGGCAGCUUCCUGCGCCGACGCCGACGCUUCACCCGGAGGGCAGGUGCUGGGGCUGCCAAGGGCCCUGCCAAGGCACGCCGUGGACCCCUCAGAGUGACCAGCCAGGACCCAGGAGUCUCUGAUGCCACGACUGGCAGGCAGUGCUCAUUCCCAGCAGAGCUGCCAGAGCCUAAGGGCCUAAGCUUUGGGGGCCUGUUGGGGGCUUUGCCAACCAGCAUGUGCCCAGCAACCACUGAUGUCAGGUCCCGGCCAUCCGCGGAGCACAAAGAGAUGCCCACGCCCAAGCCUACAGGCCCAGGGGAGCUCCCUGUAGCCGCCUCGUCUUCCCCAUGCCCAGCAUUUGGCUUUUCUGCUGGUUUCUCUGAGGCUGAGGGUUUUAGCAAAGCCCCUACACCCACCUUGACUCCUGAGGCGGGCAUUGGGAGCAGUUACCAGUGCCGGCUGCAGGCCUUGAAUUUCUGCAUGGGGACUGACCCAGGCCUUGAGCACCUCUUGGCAUCAGCAGCCCCCUCCCCUGUGCCUCCCACCCCUCCAGCCUCACUGCGGGCCCCGCUGCCCCUACCAGCUGACCCCAAGGAACCCUGGGUUACAGGCAGCUUUCCUGUCCAGGGGGGCUCUGGUUACCCAUUGGGACUGACCCCUUGCCUAUACCGGACGCCAGGAAUGUUCUUCUUCGAGUGAAGCCUGCCUGGCCUUGGGCAGUUCCUGCAGGACCCCUGCCAACAAGGCUGAGCCGACUCUAGGAUCUGGGAGCUCUCAAAGGACCCAGGCCUGGCAAGCCAAUGACAGCUGGGACAGGAAGCCAAGAUUGGAGUGGUGAACACUCAGCCAGCCCCCAGGACCUCCGGACAGACUUGGGGGUGAGGGGAAGUGGGGUCCCCCUUGGGAUUUACUCUGUGGCUUUCAGGGCCAAUAAAGCCAGUGUGAUGACGAG